ACAGAAUUUAUUCUGUGGCUGAGGCAUGAAAAAAAUAAAAAUAUUCACAUGGAGAUAAAUAUGAUGUAUCAAUACACCUUGGUUGCACCUAGAGAGCCUAGAUAAUAAUAUAAAGGCUCUCUAGUCUCCAGUUGCACCCAAAAAGAGGUUGAACAAUCACAAUUUUUUACGGGCAACGAAGAAGUGUGCGGAAUCAGCUAAUAGUUUCAUUCCCAAAACAGAAAUGGAUGAAAAUGAUUUACAACAUUUGCCAUGUGAAGGUGAUCGAAAGAGUGUUUUGAAAUUUAAAAGAUGUGAACCAAAACAAUUUAUCUCUCUCGCUGCAGAAGUAUUUGGGGUCCUGCAAUCUUUUCGCAGAGAUGGAGUGUUUUGUGAUAUUAAGUUGGAAACAGACGAUGGAACAAUAGUUGUUGGACAUAAAUUUGCUUUACUAUCAGCUAGUCCAUAUUUCAGGGCUAUUUUCACUAGCUUUGAAGAAAGUAAUAAAGAUCAUAUUAAUAUGAAAGAAUUAGAUUCCACCAUUUCGCAACUCUUGAUAAAUUAUAUUUACACUGGAGAAAUAAUUGUCAACGAAGAACAUGAACAGGGUUUCUUAGCAUCUACAAAUCUCAUACAGCUAGACUACAUAAUAGCCUCAUGUGAAGGGUUUUUACAAACACAGCUAAAUCCUUAAAAUUGCCUUGGAAUCAGAGCACUUGCUGACUUACAUAACUGUACAGAAUUUAUGUCCAGUUCUCAUGCCUAAACAGUUUUUGUAUGAUAAACAUAACUGUUCUGACCUUACUGUUCCAUUUGAAGAAAAUGUAUUUUAAAGUGUUAUGAAUUGGAUAAAACAUGAAAUAGGUUGUAGAAAACAUUUUUUGCCAGAUUUAAUGGAACAUGUAAGAUUGCCAUUAAAUUCAAAACCAUAUGAGUCUGUAUGUAUCAGACAAUGUAAUCGAAGAGUCUCUCCUAAAAAACCACCGACAAAUUGCAAAAAAGUGGUAAAAACGGGAUUUUAAUUUCUAACGCUUUGUUUAUCACCAUAAAAAUGAAUAAAAAAUAAUAAUUUUAUUAUAAUAUUAAUUCAACUUCAGACUAUAAUAAAUAUUAACGAUAUAAAAUAUCCAGACCGACAAACCGUCUCCGCUUAGAAUUGUUUUUAUUAUACAAUGAUAUUAUAUCAUUGAAUUCAUGUUGAAUACAAUAUAUUAUACAUUGACCCACUUGUAACCUACUUAACAGCAAAGCGACUUCCACUUACCCACCUUUUUUUAUUCUUUUAUUCUAUUUUAUGAUUAUUGUAUAUUAUGAUCAUUUAAUAAGUUAAAUUAAUUAUUACAGCUCCAUUUUGAACAGUCAAUUUGAAAAAAAUCAUGCUGUUGGUUGGAAAAAAUUAAAACCAAAUGCUGUUCUGACAUUAUUCAAUGUCCCCAAACCUUCACCACAAUUUGACAUAGUGCCUUAACAAAAAUGGUAUAUUAUGUUUGUUAAAAUAGAUUGUCACAGUGUUCACGCCAUAGAACACAACACCAUGAUGAGUAUAAUUGACGACGGCGCACCGGCUACCGAUUUCACAGACCAUAAUUUUUUUUAUUUCAAUAGAUAUAAUAAUAUAUUGUCUAUGGUUUUUUAAUACACAUCGUAUGCCUUUAGCAAUAAAUACAUACAUUUAUAUAACAUU